AUGUCUCCAGUUGAUGAUACCUUUCUCUCGGGUGCUUUAGAUGGUACUGGAGUGAUGCAUGUGGCCGGACGUCCGACAGCAGCUUUCGAUCCAGAGGGUCUGGUUUUCGCAGCAGGAAUCAACUCCGAGUAUCUCAAUCUCUAUGAUUUGCGUUCAUUUGACAAAGGUCCAUUCGCUACCUUCAAAUUGCCCGCAUCAGAGGCCCCAGGGACGGAAUGGACUAGUCUUAAGUUUUCACCUGAUGGUAGAAGUAUCCUCAUUUGUACGAACGGUAAUUUCUUGCGACUAGUUGACUCCUUCAAUGGUGCUCAUCUGCAUUCAUUUAAAGUGUCUAAUAACGUAGAAAAGCAAACCUUGGACGCCUGUUUCACACCCACAAGUCAGUAUCUGAUAUCUACUUCCCCAGAUUCGAUGCUCCAUGUCUUUUCAGUAGAAAUGGGUGCCCCAAUGGCUCAGUUGGCAACGUAUGAAGCUGCGAGUAAGAUGGUGGGACCACAAGCACGAAUCAACUGCGUGGCUUUCAAUCCGAGGUUUGCCAUGAUAGCAACAGGAUCCAUGCAAACUUGCUUCUGGUUACCGAAUAUUGAAAAAGAGUAG